GAAAACAUUUCAUCUCUUUCUUUCUCGAAUCACUUCCUUCCUUCGUCGUCUCUCUCACCACUCGUCGAUAAACCAAAAACUCUCUUUAACUCUUUUUGAGCUCCGUCGUUAAUUUCGAAAACCCUAGUUCUUCCUUACUUCGAAUCUGGGUUUGAUUUAUCAUAAUGAGUGCUAUCAACAUCACCAACGUCGCCGUCUUGGAUAAUCCUGCUCCUUUCGUUAGCCCUUUUCAGUUCGAGAUCUCUUACGAGUGUUUGAAUUCUCUUAAAGACGAUUUGGAAUGGAAACUUAUCUAUGUAGGCUCAGCAGAAGAUGAGACUUAUGAUCAACUUCUAGAGAGUGUGCUUGUAGGGCCUGUUAAUGUUGGCAACUACCGGUUUGUAUUGCAGGCUGAUCCUCCGGAUCCAUCAAAGAUUCGUGAGGAAGACAUCAUUGGUGUCACUGUACUAUUGUUGACAUGUUCUUACAUGGGUCAAGAAUUCAUGAGAGUUGGAUAUUAUGUGAACAAUGACUACGAGGAUGAGCAACUGAGGGAAGAGCCUCCAACUAAGGUUUUGAUCGAUAAAGUCCAGAGGAACAUACUCUCCGAUAAGCCUAGAGUAACUAAAUUCCCUAUAAAUUUCCAUCCAGAUGAUGAGCAGACUGCUGCCGCCACUGCUGCUCCUCCUCCUGAACAGUCUAAUGAACAACAACCUGAUGUCAAUGGUGAAGCUCAGGUUUUGCCUGCUCAGCCACCAAUACCAGAACCCCAAGAAUCAUGAUUCUUCCUUAAACCAAGUCUGGAUGAGAACUGUAAUCUCCGUAUUCUCUAAAAGAUGUUGCAUUUUGCUUUUCUCUACCUUAAAGCAUUAUCUGCAAUCUGUUAUACUUGUUUCUAGAUGCUCUAGGGAAAGUGAUUCUUGACAUAUUCGAAUGGUUUUGUUUUUUCGGCAAAGCAUUAAUCAAAGCAAAGCCAACAAUUUCCAAACAA